AUGGAGGUUCUAGAGAGGGAAGGCCACAGCGGCCCCCCGUUAGUAGACCAUUUGCCCAUUCCCGAGACAGAGGAGCUACUGCUUCACCCGCCUCCCGACUUCCACGCGUCGCACGACGGCCCUUGCUCCCCGCAUUCGGUGCGCUCCCCGCGCUCCCCGCCGCUACAGCUGCACUCCUCCCCCCCCGCCAGGCGCGCGCGGGGAUCGCGCGGUCAGUAUAGUGAGAUUAGCGAGGAGGAUUAUAGCGAGGAUGAGGACAAUGAUGCCGUUGCAGUAAUCAUCCUCGUUAUAAUCUUCCUCACUUCCCCUGCAUCAGUAUCACCCACCACAACCACACCCCCAUCGGACGGCUCAGAUUCACUCUAUCCGUCUGAUCUGGACGGCACAGGAACCGGUUCGUCGCGAGAACCUAGAGGUUACCGACCGUUGCCAGUCGACUCGUUUAAAGGCGUAGACGCGUCCACUCUAGAUCCGUCAACGUUACCGUCAGGCGGGCGGGGCGGGGGGGGAGGUGAAUGGGGCACCGGCGCUGGCGGAAACUGGGGUGGCGGAAAACCGGGGGAAGACCCGCAGGAGGGGCUGUAUCCGGACGCGAAGCCGGGGCGCGGAGGGGGGAGAUGGGGGAAAGCGGGCGCGGGGGCAGGCGCGGGCGGCGGGGGACAUUUGGGGGAAGAGGCGGCGGAAGUGGAGGAUUAUAGGGACUCCGCGGGGGUGGGGCGGGAAGGGGAGGUGGUGGGGGAGGAUGGGAAGCGGAAGAGGAGCCGAUUGGAUGACGAGGUGGUGACGUGGCGCGGCGCGCCGUGGAGAUUCGACGUCGGUGAUUGGCUGAGCAGCUGCAAUGGGGAGUCGGGAGUGAUCAAGACCGUGGAGGAGGUGUAUGGCAACAAGUGCAUGCAGGAUUGCAACGGGGUGGGCACGUGUCACUACGACACCGGCCGAUGCCGCUGCCGCAUCGGCUACACAGGAGCGGACUGUUCACACAUGGACGCGCAUCCCUGCUCCUCCCCACCCACUUCCUCCCCCGGAGUGGUGGCUGGGAGCUUGUGGGCGUGUGCAGGGGAGUGCGAUUUGCACUCGGGCCUCUGCUUCUGUGGCGCUGCCUCGCUCUUCCCCCUCCGCCCCGUCCCUGAUCCCUGCGGCUUCGCACAUGACUUGAGCGCGUGGGCGUGUGCAGGGGACUGCGUCCUGCACUCGGGCCUCUGCUUCUGUGGCUCCGGCUCGCUCUUCCCCCUCCGCCCCAUCCCUGAUCCCUGCGGCUUCGCACAUGACCUAGCAGCAGCGGUGGACAGAACCCGGAAGGACACGGAAGCCCUGUACGCCAACACCACGCACUACCCCGGCUGGUGCAACACGCGUCCAGAGGCCGUGGGGGUGGGCAUGGGCGGCAGCAUGGCGAUGGGCGGGGCAGAGCCGCGGGCGCGGUGCACGUGUGACUAUGACGGGGCUGUGGGCGCCUUCUGCCACGUGCCUGUGGCGGCCUUCUGUGUUAAUCAGUGCUCAGGGCAUGGCAUGUGCAUACGAGGGCACUGUCAGUGCAACGAGGGUUGGUUCAGCGUCGAUUGCAGCGUGCCCUCCCAAGCCACUUUCGCCGACCCUCAGCUCCCGGCCUGGCUGCAGCCCUUCGACCAGGCCAAGAGUUCUGGUGGCAAGGGUGAUUAUGACGAGCGGGAAGCACCUGUUGUUGACCACAGCUUGAGUGGUUACAACGAACGCCGAUGGCUUAAACGGAGGCAGGACGAGGAGGAGGAGGGGGAGGGGGAGGGGGAGGCUGAGGAGGACGCAGAGGGAGGGGGAUACGAUGGUGAGGGUGCUGCUGGGACAGGGAGAAACGCUGCUGGUGGUCGGGCAGGUGCAGCAGGUGCAGGGGGGGCAACAGGGGGAGCAGGGGGGCGGAACGAGGUGGUGAAACGGCGGCCGUUGAUCUACAUCUACGAUCUACCACCGCAGUUCAACAGCCACUUGCUGCAGGGCCGGCGCGGCAAGAAGGAGUGUGUGCCUCGGCUGUACGACCGCCUCAACCGCACCGCCUUCCUGCCCGACCAUAUCCACGGCAUGGAGAUCGCCCUGCACGAGGCGCUGCUGGCCAGCAAGCACCGCACGACCAACGCGGAGGAGGCGGAUUUCUUCUUUGUGCCCGUCUACGCCUCCUGCCUCUGGCUGCGCCUCACCAACGGCGGAGAUGCUUCCGGCAUCCAGCUCCUGCCACACGUGCAGGGCAACUGGGCAUGGCAUGUGACAGAGAUGUAUGCUGCAGUGCACCGCCACAUCAUGCAUGCCUACCCCCACUGGAACCGCAGCCGCGGCCGUGAUCACCUCUGGCCCAUGGGCACAGACGAGGGAGCAUGUCUGGCCCCUCAGUCCAUCUGGCAUGGCAGCAUGCUCACCAGCUGGGGCAACAGCAUGGCGGCGCACUCCCACUCAGUCAAGGCGGCGCCGCAGCAGCGGUGGGACGACAUACCCCUCACGCUGAGGGGCGGCCAUCUGUGCUACUCCGCUGCCAAGGAUAUUGUGCUGCCAGCCUGGCUGCCACCCAAUGUGAAGCACCUGCAUGAACAGUACUGGCUCAGGUCAUUUGAGGAGAGGGAGCACCUCUUUUAUUUUGCUGGUGACUUAGGCUCCGAGUACAAAGGGGGCUCUCCUGAUAGCAGGUUCAGCUUUGGCAUUCGGCAGGCCGUGGCUCGAGAAUUUGCCUCGGUGCCAAACAAUAAGGGGCAGCUGGGAUCCCAGCAGGAGGAGGGGGUGAUUGUGACGAAUGAGAGGGGCAAGGGGCACAGCGCUCAGCUGGGUAAUGCACGGUUCUGCGGGGUCUUUCCGAGCAAUGGCUUCAAUGCAGACAUGGAAGAGGCGAUAAAGCAUGGCUGCAUCCCAGUCAUCAUUCAGGACGGCAUCCACCUGCCAUUUGAGAACGCUCUGGACUAUGCGUCAUUCUCAGUGCGCAUAGAGGAGAGGGACAUUCUCAACAUGCUCACCAAGCUCAAGGCUAUCACUGCUGAGCAUGGGAGUGUGCUGCAAGGUACAGUGCAGAAGGUGUGGCAGCGGCUGUCAUACCACUCGGUGAUCGCACAGGAGGCCAAGAGGCAGCAAGAUGAGUAUGGACACAAUGAGGCUUGGGCGUUUGGCAUCAGCCUGUUAAAAGACGACGACGCCAUUGAUACACUCAUUGAGGUGCUGCACUACAAGCUCCACAAUGACCGAUGGCGUAGAGUAUUCAAUUACAAGCAGUCCCGGGAUGAGUUGGAAAAGUAUUUUGGCGUACCCAAGUCAUGUCUUGUACUUCGGGAAUAUUCCACUGGAGACAUCAUGGCGAACGCGGCUCCGCUUAAUCCGUCCGCCGCGGCAAUGGCAGCAGCACAGGCUAUAGUAGCACUGCGAAAGGUCUCAAAAGCGGCCGCUAACGCCAACCUGAAAGUCCCGGAGAAUGCAGCAACUUAUGAAGCUCGUGCCUGCGAGGUUGAGCUUAGCCACUUCCGUGGCAUGGACGAACGCGAGCUGAAUCUCACGCUACACGUCACGAGCCUGACCCGUGCGAUUACUCGUGAACAGCUUCUUCAACUAUUCUCCUUCUGCGGAACUGUCACCAGAUGUGACUAUCUCAACGACGACAGGUCCGUCGCUCAUAUUCGUUUUUCGACCCCGGGAGAAGCGAAGGUCGCCUUGGACAUGAACAACAUGGAGAUUGCAGAUGUGAAGUUGAAGGUUGAGCUGGCGAAAACCGCUCAAGAAAGGAUACAGACAGCUCUGACAGCAUCUGCCAACGCAAUUUCCAAUUUCCUCCCCGGACAUGAAGGGAGAGCCACCGCAGCGUUGCAAGAGAUCGUCGCAAAGCCAAUGCUGCAGUUUCAAGAAGCGCUUGCUAUGCAACAGAAUGCCACCCGAAAGCCUUCGGGCGCAUGUCCCCCCUCAGCGGCGGCUGCUUUGGCAAUGCAGAGAGCUAAGGAGAUUAGCAAGGUCCUGACAUCCAAGGCCUCGCUCGAUGACACGUUACAAAAACGCAGGUAUGAGAACGUCAACACAGAUGACAGGAGAAAGCCUGACACCCAACCAAGACACAGGCUCUCAUUCAGGGAUCGCUCUGGGGGUUCUGAUUUUGGCACAUCACAAAGCAGAAGGAAAGGCUGUGGCCGUUCUGAAAAUUUCUUUGCGCAGGACUCCAAGAAAACCUCAUACAUUGGUUCAAAACGCAGGCACCACUGGGCAGAUAGCUAUGAUUGCAAGCACGAGGAUAAGAGAACAUUCCUUCAACGCAACCCAAGCUCCCCUGAGAGCAACCAAGACAGAUGGCAAAUGGCACAGGGUAGGACCCUCCACACACAUGCUUUUGGUGCAGAAGAAUAA